AUGCAGCGAGCCGCACAAAGCGCUUGGACUCUCUGUAUCCCCCGUGCUCACAGGUGCUUCACUACGUUUCUACCCUCCACUUCUUGCCGUCAACGAAUUUCACUGCAGUGUAGUCCGAGAACCACAGUUGUGCCGCAUAGAACAGUUAUGUCGUCAUCACAGUGGACGUGCGCCCCGAGAACGUUUCCUACCACAGGGCUCGAAUUGCUUGACGAGUCCACUGAGCUUGACGAGGAGACACUGCCGACGUACCAACCCGAGAAAUACUACCCAGUCAACCAGGGUGAGGUACUCAAUGAUCGGUAUCAAAUACUUGCCAAAAUAGGGUACGGAGUAACCUCGACGGUUUGGCUGGCGAAGGACUUGGUUGCAUCGAUAUAUGUUGUUGUAAAAAUUUACAUAACGGGCCAAAGUCGGAACCACGAGCGAGAGCUGCACAUCUACAAGCACAUGGAUAUGGUGGAAACAAAACAUCCCGGCCGGAACUUCCUUCGCAAACUACUCGAUCAUUUCUAUAUUCAAGGUCCUCAUGGCCGUCACGUCUGUCUUGUCCACGAGCCACUCGGAACGAGUGCAGAUGUUCUGGUGAAGAUGUCUCCUGGGCACGUAAUGACCCUUGAUGACAUGAAGCCGGGUAUCCGACAGCUACUUAUCGCACUAGAUUUCUUGCACUCGGAAUGUCAUAUCAUCCAUACUGAUCUUCAGCUGAAGAACUUACUACUUCCCGGACCAGAGAUUAGCUAUCUCUCCCGCUUCGAAGAAGCUGAAAUCACAGACCCGUCGCCUAGAAAGAUACUCAAAGAACGAACAAUCUACCAAACUUUAAACUUCCUUCCAAGAGGUGGGCUGCCGGUUCUCGCUGAUUUUGGGGAAGCUAGAUUGGGCGACAUCGACCACACUGAUGAUAUCAUGCCAAAUGUUUAUAGAGCUCCUGAGGUGAUUUUGAGAUCGAGUUGGAGUUACAAGGUGGAUAUAUGGAAUGUUGCCAUGGUUGCCUGGGACAUCGUAAGCCCUCGCACCCUCAUCGAUGGCAAAAACGCAAAUGGUAUAUUUGACGACCGGGUCCAUAUGGCAGAACUGGUAGCCUUGCUAGGCCCUCCGCCACCCGAAUUCCGGGAACAGAGACACCUCAGUUCUGUCUUCUGGGAUGAGUCAGGUAGAUGGAAGGAAGUAGUCCCAAUUCCAGAUAUUACCCUUGAGAGCCUUGCCGAUAAGGUUGAGGGGGAAGACAAAGCAGGGUUUUUGCAGUGGCUCCGGACAGCCUUGCAAUGGAACCCCGAGGACCGGCCGACGGCUUUGGAACUCUUAUACGACGAGUGGCUGAUGAAGGGGCUCGGGGAUUGA